AUGGAACCGCCUCGAGUAUCAACAACACAGCAGACUAAGUCUUCACAUUCAUCGCUCAAUUCAACAUUCGGCCAAAACGGCAGCAAUCCAACAGUCUCACAUCUUCAAAACGAGAUUCAAGGCCUUGAAUAUGGCGCUGGACGCCAUGAACCUCAUGCUCCGGGUGAAUCUACAGCGGCAGGUGAUUCGGGCUUAAAUGCCACUGUCUCUCCAGAUACACCACCUGUGCCGCAUAUUCCAGUCAACCUACCACGGCCUGCUGACAGUUCGGAUUCGAACGGUGAAUGGCCGUCCGACGCUCGCUCGACCAGAGAAACCCAAUUUGAGGGGUCGCGCAGAGAAGCUGAUCGCUCUAGUCAGCAGAAAAGAUCGUGCAUGCCAACCCUCAGAGACAGGAGUAUAAGGAGGCGGCUAUAUACAUUGAUCCCAGCCACGGUCUUCCUGCUCGCUAUUAUCGCUUUCUACCUUGCAAUACACACUGCGACACACCUCGGUCAAGAAAUUCAUAUUCUGUUGAUCUUCAUGAUCUUGAUUCUCUCCAUCAUCUUCUGCCAUACUUUGAUUCGCUUCGCUAUGGAGAUCCUGCAGGACCCAAGGUCUACGGUUGCGAGGAAUCGGAUACCCAGUAGAGUAGGCCCAAUGGGAUAUGCUCAGCCAGAUCGCCCCAUUCAGGUCACGCUUGCGGGAGAUGAGGAAGCUUUGGUCGACGACGCCGUACGAGAAAAGGUCACGACUCCCCCUCCAGCAUAUGGUCUAUGGAGAAGUAGUGUGAGAAUUAACCCUGAUCUCCUCUAUUGGCGGCGUGUAGAGGACGAUGAACUUCCACCCGCAGCCGUCAACGGCACGCAAAGGAGGUCGAACAGGAAACCUUCAGUUCCUAGACCUCCUAGUUACACAUCCGAUGAUGGUGUCGAUUACGUUAUUCAAGCUCAACCACGGCGUUUCGCUGCCCGACAUGAUACGGAAGAUCCAGUGCAUCAGUAA